AUGAUUGAUACCGAGUAGGAAGAGUAUAUAAAAGAAUAGAUCAGAGAGAGAUAAGAGAUUAAAGCCUAAGAGGAGAAAAUUAAGCAGGCUUUUGCCUUGUAUUAACUCUAAAAUUAAGAAAAUUAAUAAAUGAAUGAAAAAAUUUAAGAAUAAAAAGGAUAAAAUUUCAAAUUCGCCAGUGUAGUUAAUAAGCAAAGUCAUACUGGAAUUCUUUCUCAUAAAAGAUUAUUAGUUUUAUAUAAUGGAUAUCUUGCAUAUUAUUCAAAAGUUUCACCUGAUGGAUAUACUGAAGGUAGGCCAGAAGAUAUAGUUGAGCCUGUAAAGCAAUGUGUUAGUAUUUAUAAUAUCUAAAAAUGCUAUCCCUUGGGCAAUAAAUUAGUUGUUGAAUUUUAAUCUGCUCAUAAAAAGCGUAAGAUUAGGCUUUCCUAAGAAAAUCCUUAAGCGUUAUAGUAAUAACAAACUAUUAAGCCCUAAUAAUCAAUAAAGCCAGGAAAAUGUUCAAAGUGGAUAUUUACAUCUGAAAAUGAAGAUAUUAAAAAGAAAUGGGAUAGGUUAAUUAAUCGUGCAAAAGAACCUCCUCAAUACGUAAAUCUUGAGGAUGAGUAUAAAAAAAAGAGGGAAGAAGAAGAUAAGCUUCGCUAACAAAUUGAAAAAGAAAAAGAAAAGCUGAAUUAGCUUAAAUAGGAAUAAGAAAGAAGAAGAAUGGAAAAGGAAGAAGAAAUUAGGAAAUAAAAUGAGUUAAAAAAAUUGGAACUUUAAUAGGAUGAAUUAGACAAGCUUCUUAGAGAAGAGGAAGAAGAAAGAAAGAGAAAGUAAGCUGAAGCUGAAAGAUAAUUGCUUGAAGAGCAAAGAAGAGAAGAAGAAAGACUGAGAAAUUUGGAGCUCGAAGAAAAAGAAAGACAGCUAAAAGAGCUACUGUACUAGAAGCAGUUGGAAGAAGAAUUGAUUAAAAAAAAAAAGUUGGAGCAAAUUAAAAAAUAAUAAAUGUUAGAUGAAAUUAACAAUCAGUGGAUGUACAGAUAUUUGCAGGCACUCGAGGUAAAUUCUAUAAGUAAUGAUCAGGGUAUUAGCUAUGAAGAGAUUCUCAUCAAAGGAAAAUUCAUUUACAGCGUCAUCAAUGACUUUAAAAACAAAGCACUAGAUAUAGCAAAAGUAAUUAUAAAUGAUAUGCUCAUGCCUUAAGAAAACUAAGUUUAUUAUCCUGUGCCAGAAAAUCAAUAUGAAGAAUAUUUUACUCAUCACCCUCAUAUUGAAAAUUCUCUCUUUCGAGUUUAUUACUAAGAAAAUAUAGCUUUUAAAAUUGCUAUCUCUAAUAUGAAGGAUUCCUUUAUUAAUGAUUAAGCAACUUAAUAGUAAGAGUAGGUUAGUGUGUAUUAUGAAGAAGCUAUUAAGCAUUUAGUAAAUGAAUUUAGAGCUUUAAAUACUUUAAAUAAUGUUGUUAUACAAGAAUUAUAAUCUAAUCCCAACUUUAGUCUUAGAGUGCCUCUUGCUUGCCUUAUAGAAUUCAAAGGAUUGGUCGUUUUGGCGUUGUCUAUCCCUUGUAUAGAUCCUAAUAUUUCUGAUUCAUCUACUCUACUGAAGGGAUAUAAUAAUUAGGAUUAGUUUAUAAAUAUAAAUCAAGAUUAAAACUUAAGCAAAGAUCUCAGAAGAGUCGCAGAAGUGUUAAAUUUAAAAGUUCACAAAGUAAAUGAAAUAGAGGAGGUAGAGCUUUGCUCUACUAUUUAGGUGCACACAAAAUCAAAUAACGAUUACGAUGAAUUGAGGAAUUGUGAAAACGUUGACAAUAUAAAAGAGUUUGCGCCUUAGAAUUUAAAUAUUUAUUUUAUUUUAAAAUGUGGGAAUUUGUUACCAUUGGAUAUAAAUUUAGACAGUGAAAUGACUCACCCUCAUCAUAAGCUAAGACCAGAAUUCUUGCAGUCAUAUAAUAUGCCAUUAAAUAGUGAUGGACUUGUUACAGAGGGAAAUGAUGAAAUAGAUGAAUUAGAAUUAUCAAAUGCCUCUUAAUAUUUAAGAAACGAAUAAAUAUUAAAACUUGUUUAGCAAUUCGAAAAUUUAGAUAUCUUGCCAUUAGAUUCUUUGUCACUUUCUUAAGCUUUCCAUGAAAAUGGAAUUAAUAUGAGGUAUUUAGGAGAAGUUUAUAAUCAGAGCACUCUACCUCAUUUAAAAGAAAUUUGCUAAGUAGAAAUUGUUGCUCGUAUUUGUAAAAAAAUAAUUAGAAAUAAAAUCUUUGAUAGUAUUAUUUAGAAGCAAGAGGAAGUUUAAAAGGAAUUUUCAAGAUUUGAAAUGUCAUAAAAUAAAAGCAGAUUGUCAAAUUCAAGUCGAAUUACCUCAAAGCCUUUUGCUUCUGAUAUUUUAAAUUAUUAAAAAGAGUUAAAAUACCAAUUUUAGCUCAACGUUGAGCAACAAAUUAUUGAAAAUCUUUUAGAUUUUUUGAAUUUGCUUUUGGGAUCUGGCUAAGAAACAGAGUUUUUUUGGAGCUCAAUUAUAAAUAAAUAAGCCUUGCAUGAUUAUGGGUGUUAAGUAAAUAAAUAAGAUAUUAUAAAAGGAGCUCUUUUGCAUUCUUUGAAAUACCAUUGUAAAAUAGAUUUUGCAUUCGAUUAAGAUACAGGUAUUUUUGAAUAGAUAAACCCAUUGAGAAAAGAUCAAAUAUUUGGAUUUAUUCCUUCUGUAAAACUUUUUGAUAUGAAAUUUUUAGAUAUAAACAAAGAAGGCGAUUUAUACAAAAAGCAUAUGAAAGCUGGAUAAAAUGAAUAAGCAUUGCAAUCUAUAAACUUAAAAAUAAAUAUCGUAUCUUGGUUGCAAUAAAAUAACACUGAAUAAUAAAAUCAAUAACAACAAAAUUAAUAAUAAUAAAAUCAAAACUUUUCAACAAUGUCUAAUUAACAAAACUAAAUAUCUUAAAAUUAAUAAUAAGAUUAAAAUUUACUGUUUGAAUAGAUUAGACUGCUUAGCGAUUAAAGCGAACUAUUACUUAAUUUUUUUAAUUUCGAAGAUUCAACUUUAAAAGCAGUGCAAGCACUAGAUUUGUCUCCAAUAGCUCAUAUUUGCUAGGUUAAAUGCUUAGGUAACAUAAUGAGAACAAAGCUAGUAAAAAGCGAUAAUCAAAAAGCUAUGGAAUGCUUUGAUAGAGCUGUACAAAUUAUAGAGUUUCAUCUCGGACCUUUCCACCCACUUCAUACAAUUUUAUACAGUUUAUUAGGAUGCUUUUAUUCGUAGAAAAAAUAUUAUGAAGAGGCUUUAGCACUAUACAGAAGUAGUCUUAUUAAUAGUAAAAAAUCUCUUGGAGACUUUCAUACACAUACUGCUGAAGUUUAUAAAGACAUAGGCGUGCUUUAUAUGCAAAUGUCUAUGAAUGAUGAAUCUUUUAUCAGCUUUGAGUAAUCUUAUAAAAUUUACAUUCAAUGCAAAAAAAGUGAUACUAUUGCUUUUGCUGAAGUGUGCUAUUACCUAGCCACGGUUUGCUUGAUUUAAAGUAAAUUUGAAGAAUGUUAAACCUACAGCUUGAAGAGCAUUCGAAUUUACGAAAUCCAUCAUGAAACUUAAUUAAAAAAAUUGAUUGACUCAUUAUUGAUAUUGUGCAGGGCAUUAGAGAUUAUCAGAGACCAUGAAAAGUGCUUAGAAAAUGCAGAUUUGAUAUGGAAUCUAACUAAAAAUUUGGAUUUAGCAGAACAAAACAAUGUUUAUGAAUAAGUUAUUAAAAUAAUUCUUUAAGUAUUUGUGUCCAAUAUGCAGCUUGAGAAGGUGAACUUAUUAAACACUUUAACUUAGUGCAUCGAUGAUUAAAUAUAAGAAGUGAAAAGUGGAGUAAAUUAUAUAGGUUUUGAUAAUUAGUUAUAAACCCAGGGAUAGAAUUAUAUUCUAGAAUAAAUUAAUGUUGGUGUUUAUAACUCAAUAGAAGAAUUUGUCAAUGUUACUUUGCAUACAAUUUGCAGAAAUUUGGAAUACCUUUAUUCUGUUUCUUUCUUUGAUAAUUAUAAAGAAAACAUUUUUUCCAUUGAAGAUCCAAAUUUAAAAAUAGCUUUUGAAAACUAUGAGCAUAUUCAAAUGUUUGUGAGCUAUCUAUUUAUGGCAGAUAUCCUAAAAAGAUAUUGA